AUGUCAUCAAACAGUACUAUUGAAAAUCCUAAAAAUACUGAUCGAAGUAAUGAUCGCAAACGAGAUGCUAAUAGUAACCGUGAACGUAAUUAUGAUAGAUUAAAGCAACAAUGUGAUAAAGCAAUGGAUGAGUUGAUGAUGUUGAGAAAACAGCAUGGAGAAAUAAUGCGAAGAUUCGAUCAGUCAAGAAAAGAAUUGGAAUACUAUCGGGAUCGAAAUAAAGUUUUGAUUAAUCGAAUUGAACAGGCUGACCAAGAAUCAUCUUCAUUAAGUACUGAACUAAAUGCCGAAAAACCUAUUUUGAAUAGAUCCGAACAGGUUAUUUCUGAAGUUGAUACAGCAAGUGGAGAUUCGCAUAAUGAUCACUUCAUCUCAUAUGAUUCAAGGCCGGAAGAUUAUGAAACUCACACUACUCAUUCAGCAGCUGUUGAAAAAAUGGACAUGAUGAAAGAUGAAAUUAAUCAACUAAAAAAACAAUGUAAUGAAUUAUUUAAAGAACGUGAUAUAGCUUUUCGAGAAAAAGAUGGUUUAAAACAACAGUAUAUAGCUGCUAUACACCAAUUGAAUUUAACAGUUCAAGAACGUAAUGAUCUUCAAGAUGCUAUACAAAAAAUUCAACAACCUAAUACAGAAGCAUUCGUAGAAAUGAAAGCUGCUGUUGCUUUUAGUGUUAAAAGUAGAACAGAACUUAAAAAAUUGAAAGAAGCUCAUGAUUCUGCUGUUAAAGAAUAUGGACUCAUUAUGAGUGAACGAAAUAAUGUUCUUAAUGAACUCGAAAAGCUCUCUGAAGAUUUAUCUCAAGCUUACAACAAAAAUAAAUUAUUGGAAAAUGAAAUAAAAUCUUGUAGAGAUGAAAAGAAAACUCUACAAUUGCACGUUGAAUCAUUAAAACGUGAAAUAUCAUCAGCAUUACACGAUCGUGAUAAAAUACUUAAAGAAUGUAAUGAUUAUCAGGAAAGAUUUGGAGAGAUAACAACUAAAAAUGAAUCUCAAAGAGUAUUUAAAAGUCUUUUAAAUUAUGACUCCAGUAGUGAAAGAGAAAGAAAAAAUAGAAAUAAUUCACGAGAACAAGAUGCUUCUUUAGAUUUAUUUAACUCUUGUCAAAAAGAACGUAUAGAUAAUCUAGAUGUAGCUAAUCAGGAAAUUGAACGUUUAAGAAAUUUAGCAAAUAAAUAUUAUAAUAAAUUAGAUGAGUCUCUAGAGGAAGCAAAAAUAUCUAAAAGACGUCGUGAUUGGGCUUUUAGUGAACGCGAUAAAAUUAUGUUAGAGCGUGAAAGUAUACGAACCCUCUGUGCCAGUUUAAGAAAACAGCGUGAUGAUGCUGUGAGCAAGUUAGCGCUUGCUAUUAGAGACUGUGAUGAUAUAUUAAAACAAAAAAGUGAUACAGUUAAAGAACUCAAUUAUUUUAAGGAAAAAAUGGAAGUUGAAUUAGAAAAAGAAAUUUGUUUACUUCAAUUACAGGCUACUGGUCGGACAAAUGAAGAUUUAGGAAUUGAUUUACUUGGUGGAAGAGAUGAUCCUUUGUAUCCCAAUGAUAAUGCAAUUUAUAUAACAUCUGUCAAUGAAGGAAGUGUUGCAGCAAGGAAAUUGAGAGUUAAUGAUUGCAUAUUAAAAGUGAAUAGCCUUGAUUGUACAUCAAUUAGUAAGCAAUUAGUUUUGGAGACUAUAAGAUCAUUAAGCAGUGCUACUUUGGUUGUAAGACGAAGAAAGCCUGCUUCUCCAUCUAGGAGUUUUUUCACAACUCAACUUCAAGUAAAUAAUUGUGAUCAUGGAAUCUCAUUGGAAACUGGUGUAUACAUUAAUAAAAUAACCCCUGGAUCUCUGGCUGCUAAAGAUGGAAAUUUAGAUGUUGGUGAUAGAGUAUUAAGUAUUAAUAACACAUCAGUAGAAAAUAUAAAACAAUCAAGAGAAGCAAUGCUAUUACUGUAUGAACCUGGUGAUGUAUUAACCAUUACUACUAUGAAAUCAACAUAUUGUGCUGGAAAUUGUGGUUCUGGUCGAAAUCGUGAAUCCUAUAAAAAACCUCAAUAUGUUCAGUCAAGAAGAGUGAUGGUCGAUGUACCAGAAAAACCUCAUAGAAAUCCUUCACAUGUCAAUAAUUCUAUCUCUGAGAAAGAUCAAGAGGAUGCUAUAGCAGAAUUAGAUUCUGUAAUUGAUGCUUUUAAACUACAUCCUGUACCCCCAACUAAUACUAAAUAUCUUUGUCAUCAUAGAAAAUCUAAGGAAUUAGACAAGAUUGGUGGUACUUGGCCAAAAGUUAGAAGUGUCUCUGUAAUUGAACAUGGAACUGGUACAACACUUCUUCCUCAUAAAAAUAAGGAACGUUUGCCACUGUCCGUACUUUUAAAUAAUCCUCUGUCUUCCUCAUCACAAAAUAAUUCAAAAACUGUUACUUCACCUAAAGAUUUCUCUGUCAGGUCUGGUAAAGUUGGUAAAGACUUAAUGGACUAUUAUGUUAAAAUGAAAACUGGUAAAUAUAAAAAUAGCGGUACUGAAAGUAAUGCAGGGGAUAGCCUAGCAACAAGACCUACAUCACAAAAUAUGUAUUUACCAUCAUCAACCAAUGCUAAUCAUUUGACCAUUCCACAAUACAGUAGAUAUUCUCAACCAUCUCCAUCUCAUAGCGGGAAAUCAAUGUUUGACUGUUUGGAACCGCCUUACACUCAUGUUUCUCAAUUUAAUCACAGUCGCUCUCAGUCGGUUGAUAUGGAUUACAAUAGAAAUAUAAAUGGAUCACCUCAUCGCAUUAUGACUAAUACCGGCUAUUGUGGUGAAGAUAAGCCAGAAUCUUAUCAUGGUUAUGAAGUUGGUACAUUUCCUAGAAAGAAAGAAACUCCUAGAUUUAGAAUCAGUUCCAACCCAAGUGUGACUAAUAAAAGUAGUGGUGGUGCAGUUGGCAUAUCGACUGAGGGUAUUAAGAGAUCUAUAAGUAGUAAAACGGACAGCCCAAUGCUUACUUUUAGAGUUGAAGUUCUUAAUCCUAGACAAAUAUCUAAGCCUGCUAAUAAGCGACAAACUGUAUAUGAUUGGGCAUCAAAAUAUUUCAAAAGACCAAUUCUAAGAGAUGUUCAAAGUGGUCCAUUAUAUGGCGAGUUGAGACGGAUCUGUAUAGAGAAAUCAGGCGAACCUCUAGGAAUUCAGAUAUUUUGUGUUGACAAUAGUGGAGUUUUUAUAUCUUCUGUUACUAAUGAACAUAGUGUGGCUUACAAAGUCGGUAUUCGAGUUGGAGAUCAGCUAUUAGAAUUCUGCGGAAUAAAUUUGAGUUGUGCAACAUAUGAGUUAGCUGCAAAUGUUGUACAGAAUUGUGGAAACUCAGUUACCAUACUCGUACAAUUCAAACCAGAUAAAUACCACGAGCUAAAACGGGCCAAAAGUUCAACAAGGAGCCGUUCAGAAACUCCAACACCGUGCAGUUCACCUACUUUGAGCUUCUCACCUACCAAAAAAAUGUGAAAAUUGGUAUCAGCUAGGUUCAUAGGCUCAUAGGCGCCACUGACCAAUAUAUUUUCGGAUAACCCAGGUCUUAGCAUUCACUCUAUUCAGAAGUCCGUCUGAUCUCUGGGUCUACUUACAACUUUGUUGUCAAUCGUCAGUAAGCUAUUAUCAAGAUUAAUUACCACGUGCUCAUAUAU